AUGCUAAAAACCAAUAUGGAUUGGGAAAAUGCAAGACAAUAUUGUUUAAAUCUCGGAUUGACAUUGGCUAUAAUUUCAAACAAAAAGGAAAACGAUUAUAUGAGAUGCCACAUAUUGAAUAUAUCAGAUGAUCCUCACGGAGAUCGUUUCUGGGUCGCUGGUCAUAAGGUUGAUGGAAAAUUUGAAUGGUGGAAUAAUAUACCAAUGGAUUACGCUAAUUGGUUACCUACACAACCUGAUAACUCCAAGGGCAUUGAAAAUUGUAUGGAAAUGAGAGAACUUUCUACGGGAAAAUUUGGAUUUAAUGAUGCUCCAUGCAGUUUUCAACACAUGCCAAUAUGCUGCGAUCCAGAAUCAUGGGGAGUGCAUGCGCCCUUAGUAAAAGUUGGGGAUAAAUUCUAUCACUUUAGUAACUUGAAGAUGAAUUGGGAAAAUGCAAAACAGUAUUGUUUAAAUCUCGGGUUGACAUUGGCUAUAAUUUCUAGCAAAAAGGAAAACAAUUACAUGAGAUGUCACAUAUUGAAUAUAUCAGAUGAUCCUCACAGUGAUCGUUUUUGGAUUGCUGGUCAUAGAGUUGAUGGAAAUUUUGAAUGGUGGGACAACAUACCGUUGGAUUAUGCUAAUUGGAUUCCUACGCAACCGGAUAAUGCUCAAGCAUGUGAUGGAAAAUUAUGGGGUGUGCAUGCGACUUUAGUAAAACUUGGAGACAAAUGCUAUCAUUUCAGUAACUUGAAGAUGAAUUGGGAAAAUGCAAAACAGUACUGUUUAAAUCUAGGUUUGACAUUGGCUAUAAUUUCUAGCAAAAAGGAAAACGAUCACAUGAGAUGUCACAUAUUGAAUAUAUCAGAUGAUCCUCACAAUGAUCGUUUCUGGGUUGCUGGUCAUAGAGUUGAUGGAAAAUUUGAAUGGUGGGACAACAUACCGUUGGUUUAUACUAAUUGGAUACCAACGCAACCUGAUAACUAUCAUGAUUCAGUUGAUGAACAAGUCUCAUUUAUGUCUGCAACAGCAUGA